UUUUUUUUUGGCUGUCAGCUGAUACCGGUGCAUCAGUAGCUUUUACAUCUAUUGUUUCUCUGUUAAUGAAAUCCUUGCUGAUGAUCCUGUUGGAGAUACAAAUACCUUUCUGGAUCAAAAAUUGUGUUUUGUGGCAACAGCUGAAUAUAAAUUACACUCCAUGGUUUCUUUCCUCUUAAAGAGCCUGAUCUCAUCUUACUUAUAUAAGAUUUGCAAAGGAAUGUUUACAAAGAAAUCGGGAAAUAGUACAAAAAGGAAAGAGAGUUGUCAGAGCAAAAAGGAACAAGACUUAACUCAGAUUAGACAAACAAAGAAUCCAAAAUUUUCAAAUACUUUAAAAAGCACUGUUAAGAAGAUUGCUAAGUGUCCAUCUGCUCGCAACUUGUCAACUGAAGAAGAGGAAAGUAAUAGGGAAUUUUCACUUUCUCCGACAUUCAGUUACAGAGUUGCUAUUGCCAAUGGACUGCAAAAGCAUAUUUUUGUAAUAAACAGUAAUAAUGAAGAUAUAGUUCAAGAUUUGUCUUCAAAUGACAGUUCAUAUUCUGAGUCAUUAAGUGAAGUAAAAAGUAAUAGCAAGAAAAACGAAUACUUAUCGCACACAAUGCCUGUGAGGCGCAACAGAAAAAGCUUAAGCAGCCUUGCACCAUCUGACGGAAGUUCUGAUGGAGAACGCACUUUACACACACUGAAGCUGGGAGCUUUACGAAAACUAAGGAAAUGGAAGAAGAGCCAAGAAUGUGUCUCAUCAGACUCAGAACUAAGUACGUGGAAGAAAACAUGGGGCUUAAGAAGUAAAUCUCUGGACAGAACUGGCCGUCACCAGAAAUCAAAUACUUUUGAACCUGGCUUUAGUUCGACAGGUUGUAUUAGUCAAACCCAUGAUGUUAUGGAAAUGAUCUUUAAAGAGCUUCAGGGAAUAAGUCAAAUUGAAACAGAACUCUCUGAAUUAAGAGGGCAUGUUAAUGCUUUGAAACAAUCCAUUGAUGAAAUUUCUAGUAGCGUAGAAGUUGUACAAAAUGAAAUUGAACAGUUGCGAACUGGAUUUGUACAGUCCAGAAGAGAAACUCGGGACAUACAUGACUACAUUAAGCAGAUAGGACAUCCAGGAAACAAAGCAAGUCUUAGAUUUCUAAAUGUGCCUGAAGAGAGGCUUGAAAAAACUGAAAGCACAGUUUACAGAAUAUUAAUAGAUAAAAUGGGGUUCUCAGAGGCACAAAGCACUAUUAAAAUUGAGUUUGCCCAAAGGCUGGGGCAGCAAAGAGACUGUCCAAAUGCAAAGCCAAGACCUAUUCUUGUUUACUUUGAGUCAUCACAACAGAGGGAUUUGAUUUUAAAAAAGUCUUAUAAACUUAAGGGAACUGGCAUUGGAAUUUCUACAGACAUAUUUUCCCAUGACAAAAAGGAAAGAGGGCUACCUUCCUCCCAGACAUAUGAGAGUAUGGAUAUGAAGCUUUUAACUGUGGAGACAAAAACUAAAAUGCAUGACUGGGAGUCACCUGACAGUGAUAAAGACUUGGAAUCGGAUAUAAAUAAGAACAGUUACGCAAAGAUAUCUAAAUCAGCGCUUCAAAUAAAGGCAAGCACUACAAAGGGGAGUAUUGAGUCUCCAAAUGCUAAAGACCUUAACCAAACUCCUGACAAUAGCACCUUUCCAAACAGCAGAAAUUAUGGCAACCAGUCACCAGAAUUUAACAACAUGGAAAAACAAUCAAAGACUUAUUAUUCAGACAUGAGUCCUCUAUGGCAUUUACAGAAUGACUUUGCAACGCCAAAACUUAGCCGUUCAGAAUCAGAUUUUUCAAAACUAUGUCAGUCCUACUCUGAGGACUUUUCAGAAAACCAAUAUUUUAGCAGAACAAAUGGCAGUUCAUUAUUGUCUUCCUCCGAUAGAGAACUUUGGCAGCGAAGGCAAGAUGAUUCUACAAACUGGUAUGGCAGUUCCCAAGAACAGACUUUUGUCCAAGAUACGCAACAGUAUCCAGAGCAAAAUGAAAUAGAGAACACAGAAACUGUUGAUAGCGGAGUAAGUAAUGGAAUAAUAUGUGCAUCUGGAGACAGGAGUCACUACAGUGAUUCUCAGCUUUCUUUACAUGACGAUCUUUCCCCAUGGAAAGACUGGAAUCAGUUGGACCAUGCAGCAGAUUUGGGCCUAGAUGCAUCCACACAGGAAGUUUUUGUGUAUGAUAUGAGCAGCCCUUCAGAUCAACAGACAGAUUUUGUAAAGUGUGAAAGUUCUGACCUUCAGUAUGAUACAGAAAGCUACGAUUUUACCCUUGAUGGUACUUCUCCGUCAUGUCCUGGCCUUGACAGCGAAUCACAAAGCCAGUGGACCAGUCAAUAUGAUGAUUAUCAGGAAACAAAUUCUCUCUCCUCUUAUCAGAAUCAAAACAGAUUGCCUAUGAUGUACCGAAGUCAGAGUGAACUACCAAGCGAUGACUCGGAAGAAACGGCCUCAAAGUCGUGGCAUAGCCGAUUAAGCAUAGAUCUUUCUGAUAAGACUUUCAGCUUUCCUAAAUUUGGAUCUACACUUCAACGUGCUAAGUCAGCUUUAGAAGUAGUCUGGAAUAAAAGUACGCAAAGUUUAAGUGGGUAUGAAGAUAGUGGCUCAUCUUUCAUGGGAAGGUUUAGAACUUUGUCUCAGUCUACUGCAAAUGAAUCAAGUACAACCCUUGAUUCUGACGUUUAUGCUGAGCCUUAUUGCUAUAAAGCAGAGUAUGAGGAAGACCUAAUUGAACCACCUGGUGAGAAUGAAACAGACUAUGUAGAAGUAAUGGAACAAGUCCUUGCUAAACUAGAAAACAGAACUACUAGUAGUGAAACUAGUGAACAGGUUCAAGAAUACGAACUGGGGCAGCCUUCAUAUGAAACUCCAUAUGCAAUACUGCCAGAGGAGCAAUAUGACACGCAGUUUGAUAAUGUGGUCAGUGAAGAGAUACUGGAAGCUGAAAGCAACGUGGCUACUGACGUAGAAGUAAGGGAAGAUGAAAAUCAGAAUGUCCCAGAGAUGCUUAUUGAAACUCCAAAGAAAAAAAGAAUACGACCAUCAUUUAAAGAAGCUGCUUUAAAGGCAUACAAGAAACAAAUUAAUGAUUUGGAAGAGAAGAUCCUUGCUGGAG